ACUAAAUAUACCCUACUUCUGCCUGGCCUCAACAGUUGAACUAAAAUGAGCUCCAAUUAUCUAGGAGUUGCUUGAGCCAGUCUCAGAGUAAACUAGGAUGCUUUGGGUUUCUGUGUAACAGCAAUAAAAUGAACGCAAGGGAUACACCGAUGAGGGGCUAUCAAACCCUACAACAGUGCUUCAAAGCAGAAUUGUCUUCCUUUCAAGAAGAAUUAAGAGUUCAGUGAUGGAGUCAGAAUUAGAUUUGUCUACUGAGCUCUACCUAGCUUGAAGAAGAACAUGGUGGAAGGAUUCUAAGGAAGAAGAGAAUAAAGAAUUAUUCAUCUUCCUCUCUUUUACCUAGCUCACUGACCUGAGCUAUAAAGGAUCAAAUGAAAGACUAUUAGCAAGCAAAGGAUAUGAGUACAAUGCAAAAACAAAAACAAAGCAGAGGAUAUGAGUACAAUGCAAAAACAUGAGACGUUACUGUUUUCAAGCUAAAAUGCAGUCAUUGCAUAAUCCAAAUCACCAAGUCAAUUGUUACAUAGUCAUAUAUAUGAUCGAGUCUCUGAAAUAUCUCAUUCUUUCAGAAUUUAAUUAACAUUUGUGUCAAAACUUCUCCAUUUGAAUGUGAUUAACAACUGAAUGUGUUUUUACAGGCAACACAUUUCAAAGUGUAUGUACUCUAUUUAUGUUUGGAAGUUACCUUUUUAAGUGCAUCUGUGUUCCACUCAAGUUCUGGUUUCAGUUGGAAUUAACUCAACUUCUUGUAACUAAAUUCAUUACUACAAUCUCUGAAUUUAGGAGUGGAGAAACUCUCCUUUAAAGUAUUUUUCAUAUGUUUUAUAUAGGAGUAGAUCCCUAAUAGCAUUUGAUCUUCCUAAAGAAAAUAGAAUUAAUUGGAGAAGAAAAUUUUGAAAAACCAACAGAUUUGACUAUCUUGUAUAUCAAAUGUAAAUGAUUCUAAUGGAGCAUGUAAAAAAACUUAACUUUUCUAAAAUUCAAGUGCAUUGAGAAUUCUUGAUCUAUUGUUAAUGAUAUUAAGACCAUAAACUUUUGGAUGAUUUUUAACAAAUCAAUUUGUUAUUGGAGAAAUAUUUGAAAAGCUGUAAAGAUUUGUGUUGAGAUCUGCUUUGUAAAAUAUUUUAACAGGAAUGUCUAAUAAAUCUUUAUAAGCAACUUAGAAGCAAAGAAGCAAAUUUAUUGAAGAGGAGACCUAUCCUUGAAUGUUUGGGAGAAGAUGGUUUUGGAGCUGAAAUAACUACAUGGGGACAUCUAUGAUCUGAGAUGAAAUUUGUUGGCAUUGGGUAUGGACCACUAAAAAUUCAGAUUCCUAAUAUUAGUUAAUGUUAAUAAUGAGUUUUGUUACCUUUUCUUUCUGUUUCGUUACACAUACACACACACACAUAUACUUUAAAUUCUUCUUCUGUUUAUAAUUUGAGAGAAUAACAAGGUAAACGGGGGACUUAAGACCAUGAUAUGGAUACUUUCGACUGAUAUCUACCUUUUGGCCCAGCCUAAACAGAAGGGGUAUUUAAGCCCUAUUCCCUUCUCUCCCUUUUUCUCUCUCUCUAUCUCUAAUUCCUUUCUUGCUCCUAUUGUAAUUAAACUCCAUAAAAGAUUUACUGCUGACUUGAGUUUUCAUUUAGGAAUUACAUAGCUGAAUUCCUUGGCGACCUUAAAUUAAUAUAUAUAAGUCUUUUAAAGUGAUUCCCUUGUAACAUUGUGGCUGACCACACGGGAGUCUAAAGAAUCCUCUCAAUAAACUUUUGAAAUUCCUUGCUUUUUUACUAUACCAUCUCACCACUUAGUCCCUCUUUUUUUUUUUUAACAAAAAACUUGGCUUAAAGACACAGCUGCUAGAACACGUGAGUAUAAAAAACUUUUUCUCUUUUCUCUUUUCUCCUUAAGUUAAAUUGGAAUCAGCAGUUUUUUUUCUUUUUCUUCCCUUUAAUCUUAAGGGACAGCUGGGUAGCUCAGCGGAUUGAGAGCCAGGCCUAGAGACAGAAGGUCCUGGGUUCAAAUCGGAUCUCGGAUACUUCCCAGCUGUGUGACUCUGAUAGACAGAAAACAGCUGUUUUAAAUCUCAGCAACAGGACUCUAAAGUCCUGGCUGGAAGAGCUGUUUCUAAAUAUCCUUUCCCUUAAGGAACAACUUCCUGGAUUAGGAAAAAAAAACCCUGUGGAAAGUUUGUUGCUUUGCCCUGCUCCCCACGUGUUUUGUAAAAUUACAAAAUAUAUAUAUAUAUAUAAAUGAGUAUUACAUUCUUUGACAAUUAUAUGGCAGCUGAAGAAGUAGGGGCAUUGGGGAAUGCAGGAUACCUCCAAAUUUUUAUAUUAAUAGGUACUGUCAUUUUUGUAAUCCUCAAUACUAUAUUUAGAGAUGAUAAAAUAAGAAAAAUUGAGGAUAAAAUGCAAGCCCAAUUAGAAGAUCUAAAAAGUUUCUUACAGGAUCAAUUGGCAAACAACCACUCUACCAGAAACAGACCUGUUUCUGAACCUUUGAAUGAGGAAAUUUCCUUCCCUGAAAUAGAGAUGGAAAACACCUUCCCUAUAGCCCAGUUAACAGACUGCUUCUCUCAUGUAGUGCAAAUCUUGUCUGAAUUUAAUCCCCAAAACCCUUCCCCUGCAAUCCCAGCUUCUCAUGUUCCUUCUCCUACAGAAAACCAAAUUCCAAUGCAAGGGAGAUCUUGUCCUCCUAGAGAAACCUGUCCUUGUCAAACUGACCCACAGGUGCAAAAUUCAACUAGAGGCCUGUUUCCUCUAAGAGAAGUACCUGAAAUAGGAUGGAAUGGGGAUGUGGUGACUUUAAGACAUAGGAUACCGUUUACUCCCCAAGAAAUAAAUGAAUUUACACGAAAUAUCCCCACAUAUGAACAAGAUCCUUUUCUAGUAACAAAAAAGAUGGGAGACAUAUUUUUUCAGUAUAAUCUGUCUUACAAGGACGUUGAGAGCUUACCACAGGCUUUUUUAAGUGAACGUGAAAAAAAUAAAAUAAUUGCCCAUGUCAACAAAACCCGGGGGCGUAAUGCAGCACAUUGGCCAUCUCAGGAUCCCGAAUGGGACUAUAACAAUCCUGAGGAUUAUCUACAACUAUACCGUUGUAGAGAGGCCAUCCUCACGGCUAUGAAGGAAUGUGCAGACAGUACAGAUAAGUGGAUGGAACUGGAAAAAAUUAAGCAAAAGGAAGACGAAACACCCUCCAGAUUUAUGGACAGAAUUAUCGAAUUUGGGGACAGAUACUUAGAUUGGGACUUAACUAAAGAGAGUAGUUUAAGACAAGUUAGAAGAAUCUUUGUAAACAAUUCUUGCAAGGCAAUUAAGAAUUAUUUUAAAACACAAUGCCCAAGAUGGUCAGAUAUGGACCUUGAAGAAUUGCGAAAAACAGCUAUAUAUGUUUUAAAGGGAAACGAAGAAAAGGAGGAAGAAAAUAAUGACAUGGAGGAAAUGAAGAAAAAAAUAAGAUAUUUAAUAGAUAGGAUAACUAAAUUAGAAAGUGGGCAUGAUAAUGAACCAACGACAAUUGCCCCUCUCCAGAAAUCCAAUUAUCAAUUCAUUACUUGCCACUUCUGUGGGAAGAAGGGUCACAAUAUGAUGGAUUGUAGAACCUUUCUUAAGAUGUUUGGAAGGAAUACACAGUUUAAUAAUAGUUUUAGAAAUAAUAACUAUAGAAAUGAUGAUAAUGGUUAUAGAAACCAGAAUUCUAGAAAUUAUAAUAAUGACUAUGGAAAUAAUUAUAAUGAAUAUAGAAAUAAGAACUUUAGAAACCAGAAUUAUAGAAAUAGGAAUUGGGAAAUUAAUGACAAUGUUCCAAUUAAAGAAAAUUAUAAUGAUAAUGAACAACAACAAUAUAUGAGAAAUGGAGCUCGUCCAAAAAAUACUCGAGGUACUAAUGACCCUCAGAGAGGUGCCCUUCAGGAGGGUGCCCAGGGAACUUCCCAGUAUAAUAAAGAUGAUUCUUCUUAGAUUGUGUUGAUUUUGUUGAUAUUAAUUAACCUUUUUCAGUUUUUUUUCUCCUCUCCAAAUAGUAGGAAAGAUGAAUAAAGAACUUAAGACUAUGAUUGGCAAAUUAUGCACUGAGACCCAUUUAAAAUGGCCUGAAAUUCUCCCUCUGGCCCUAUUUUAUCUUAGAAGCAGGCCUAGAGGAGACUUACAUAUUUCACCAUUUGAGAUGCUUUUUGGACAUCCGCCUAUACAGGCUAAGCCUUUCUCCCCGGCUUAUACAUCGCUAUUAGGGGGAGAUAUUACUAUUGCUUCCUAUAUACAGGAGUUACAGCACAAACUACGUGAACUUCAUGAAUCCGGAGCUGCAGUACAAGCUGGACCAUUAGACUUUUCUCUGCAUGACCUGAACCCAGGAGAUAAAGUUUAUAUCAAGAAUUUCAAGCGAAC